CACCCAGCCCUGCCGGUGUCGCCCCUCAGUGUCACCCACCUCAAGCGGGCGGCGGAGGAGGCAGCGCCCACGGCCCCGGCCCGGCCAUGUCGGAGCCCGGCGCCCCCGCGGCCGGCGACAAGACGCCCCGGCUCCAGGAGCGCGUCCUGGGCGGGAUGCGCUGGGGCCGCCUCCAGGAGCCCCUGGGCUUCAUCAAGGUGCUGCAGUGGCUCUUCGCCAUCUUCGCCUUCGGCACCUGCGGCUCCUUCAGUGGCGAGACGGGCGCCACGGUGAAGUGCAACGGCGAGAGCAAAGAGAUGAGCGUCAUUUCGGUGCAGUUCGGGUACCCCUUCAGGUUGUACCAGGUGCCCUUCGAGAUGCCGAGCUGCGAGGAGGCCGCCGAGGGCCACACGCUGCACCUCGUCGGGGACUUCUCGGCGCCCGCCGAGUUCUUCGUGACCCUGGGGGUCUUCUCCUUCCUCUACGCCAUGGCGGCCCUGGUGCUCUACCUGCGCUUCCACGUCCUCUACGGCGAGAAGCAGCGGCUGCCGUGCGCGGAUUUCUGCGCCACGGUGGCCUUCGCCUUCCUGUGGCUGGUGGCGGCGGCGGCGUGGGGCAAGGGGCUCAGCGACGUGAAGGGGGCCACGCGGCCCGCCAGCCUCAUCGGCGCCAUGAGCGUGUGCCAGGGCGAGGACGUGGUGUGCAACGCGGGCGCCACGCCGGCCAUGGGGCUGGCCAACAUCUCCGUGCUCUUCGGCUUCAUCAACUUCCUCCUGUGGGCCGGGAACAGCUGGUUCGUCUUCAAGGAGACGACGUGGCACACGCCGGGCGCCCCCCGCGACAGCGCUGUCGAGCAGGGCGCCAUCGACAAGCAGUAGCCCCCCCGCCCCCCCCCCCCCGUGCCCCCCGGGGCCGGCCGCGGCGGCGGGGCACGGCUGCUAUAGGGGACGCUGGGCACGGGGUGCUGCUCUGCGGCUCUGUACGGGGCGCACGUAUAGCCCCGGGUGUCUGCUUCUCUAUAGGAGGCACGUCAAACUCCUGGGUGUCCGGCUCUGUGUAGGGGCUAUAUGUAACCCCUGGGUCACCAGCGCCGUAUACGGGUAUAUCACACCUGAGUGCCAGCUCUAUAUAAGGGUAUAUACAACCCCUACCAUCCAACUCUAUAUAGGGAUAGCUCUAACCCCUGGGUGCCCAGCUCUGUAUGGGGAUAGACGUAAGCCCUACGUGCUAUACAUAGGGAGUAUGUAUAAGCCCUGGGUAUCCAGCACUGUGGAUGGGGUAUAUAUAUAACUCCUGGGUGCCUGGCGCCAUAUAGGGGUUAUAUAUAACCCCUGGGAGCGCGGUUCUGUGUAACGGGUAACCCCAGGUGUCCAGCUCUCUAUAGGGGCUGUAUAUAACCCCUGAACACCUGGCGUAUAGGGGACUGCGUAGCCUCUGGGCACCCAGCUCUAUAGGGGCCAUAUGUAACUCCGAACAUCCAGUAUAUAGGGGUAUGCAUAGCCCUUGGGCACCCAGCUCUCCUAGGGGAUGUAUAUAACCCCUGAAUGCCUCGUGUAUAGGGGCAUGCAGAGCCCCUGGGCACCCAGCUCUCUAUAGGGGCUGUAUAUAACCCCUGAAUGCCCAGUGUAUAGCGGUAGGCACAGCCUCUGGGCACCCAGCUCUCUAUAGGGGUCCCUAUAUAACCCCAAACACCCAGUGUAUAGGGGUAUGUGUAGCCCCUGGGCACCCAGCUCUCCAUAGGGGCUGUAUACAGCCCCUGAAUGCCCAGAGUAUAGGGGUAGGCAUAGCUCCUGGGCACCCAGCUCUCUAUAGGGGCCCUAUAUAACCCCAAACACCCAGUGUAUAGGGGUAUGUGUAGCCCCUGGGCACCCAGCUCUCCAUAGGGGCUGUAUAUAACCCCUGAAUGCCCAGUGUAUAGGGGUAGGCACAGCCUCUGGGCACCCAGCUCUCUAUAGGGGCCCUAUAUAACCCCAAACACCCGGUAUAUAGGGGUAUGCAGAGCCCCUGGGCACCCGGCUCUCCAUAGGGGCCGUACGCACAGCCCCGAGUGCCCCGAGCUGCGGGGGGGGGUGGGUGCUCACGGUCCCGGAGCUAUACGGGCCCCGGGGCGCCGGCCCGGUGCAGCCCCCGGUGCUGCCGGGGAGGGGGGGGGUGGGGGGGGCGGCGGGCCCGGGCGCUGCGCGGCGGCCGGGCGCUGAAUAAAGGCGGGCGCCGGGGCUCGCCGGCAGGACAGUC